CCGUUCGCCAUGUCAUUUCCUGUGCUAAUAAGAUGGUGGUCACGGCCGGGAGGGAGGGAACCGCCGCUGCCGCCUCCUCCGCCAAGCCCGGCCCGACCCCGGGACUUGUCCUCGCCUCGGAAUAGGCAGCGGGGCUGGCGGGGAGGGAGGGCGCAGCCAGCUGGGCUCUCCCCGCCGCUCCCCUCCUCGGGCGGAGCGGGGCGCCCCCCCCCCCCGCCCCCAGACACCGAGGCGGGCCCCCUGCGCCCGCAGCGCCGAGAACAUGAGUGAAAACUUAAAAGACUGUUUGAUCCAGACCCAGGCUUCCUUAGGAGAGAUGGUGACGAUAAAAACAGAGGCCUGCUCUCCACGCCAGGACCAGGAGUAUGGACAGCCUUGCUCUGGAAGGCCUGACCCACAGUCUAUGGAGGUGGAGCCCAAGAAACUGAAAGGAAAACGGGAUUUGGUCAUGACCAAGAGCUUUCAGCAAGUGGAUUUCUGGUUCUGCGAGUCCUGCCAGGAGUACUUCGUGGAUGAGUGCCCAAACCAUGGCCCCCCGGUGUUUGUGUGUGACACCCCAAUACCCGUUGGCAUCCCUGACCGGGCAGCACUGACCAUCCCGCCUGGAAUGGAGGUGGUGAAAGAGCCCAACGGGGAGAAUGAUGUGCGCUGUAUGAAUGAGGUGAUCCCCAAAGGUCACAUCUUUGGGCCGUACGAGGGGCAGAUCUCUAGCCAGGACAAGUCCACAGGAUUCUUCUCGUGGCUGAUUGUUGAUAAGAACAACUGCUACAAAUCCAUUGAUGGAACGGAUGAAACCAAAGCAAACUGGAUGAGGUACGUGAUCAUCUCCCGGGAGGAGAGGGAGCAGAACCUGAUGGCCUUCCAGCACAGCGAGAGGAUUUACUUCCGUGCCUGCCGUGACAUCUGCCCCGGGGAGAAACUGCGGGUCUGGUACAGUGAGGAUUACAUGAAGCGGUUGCACAGUAUGUCCCAGGAGACCAUCAACAGAAAUCUCACAAGUGGAGACAAAAAGUUGCAGAGGGAGAAGUCAGAAAAGAAUGUGGAAAAUCAAGAGGACAUGAGGGGGCCACUCCAGCUCGCCACCUUAAAGCAAGGGAAGAGCCCCUACAAGCGCAGCUGUGAGGAGGGAGAAUCCCACCCCCAGACAAAGAAAAAAAAGAUUGACCUCAUCUUCAAAGAUGUCCUGGAAGCUUCCUUGGAGUCUGCCAAAUUUGAAGAGAACCAGUUAGCAACAAGUAUGCCGCUUUCCAUCAGAAGAGCAUCUAGAUACCCACCUGAAGACAUUUUUGAGAGGUGUGGCAGUGCCAUGCAGCACAGCUCCCUGAACCUCAGCAGACAGCGGAGUGAGGGGGAAUGGAACGUCCCUCACAGUUCCUCUUUCAGCUCAGCCAAAGAGGUGGGCAUCCUUGAAGAUGAGGAAGAAGAGCCCCUGUCACUCAAAGCAGACAGCCCGACUGAGCUGUCAUUGGCCUCUGCACAAGGCAACUCCCAUGAAAUCCCCACUACCUCCUUCUGCCCCAACUGCAUCCGGCUAAAGAAGAAGAUCCGGGAGCUGCAGGCUGAGUUAGACAUGCUGAGAUCUGGGAAGUUACCUGAGCCACCCGUGCUACCACCCCAGGUACCUGAGCUCCAAGAGUUCUCAGACCCCACAGCUUCAGAAAGCAUCAUCUCUGUUCCCACCAUCAUGGAGGACGAUGACCAAGAGGUAGAUUCUGCUGAUGAGUCAGUUUCCAAUGACAUGAUUGCUGCUACAGAUGAGCCUUCCAAGAUGUCUUCUGCGACAGGCCGGAGGAUACGGCGGUUCAAGCAAGAGUGGCUUAAAAAGUUUUGGUUUCUGCGGUACUCCCCAACAUUGAAUGAAAUGUGGUGCCACGUCUGUAGGCAGUACACAGUGCAAUCCUCUCGGACUUCAGCCUUCAUCAUUGGCUCAAAGCAGUUCAAGAUACACACAAUAAAGCUUCACAGUCAGAGCAACCUCCACAAGAAGUGCCUGCAGCUUUACAAGCUCAGGAUGCACCCAGAGAAGACAGAAGAGAUGUGCCGAAAUAUGACCCUGCUCUUCAAUACAGCCUACCACUUGGCCCUGGAGGGCAGGCCCUACUAUGACUUUCGGCCUCUGGCAGAACUACUGAGAAAGUGUGAACUCAAGGUGGUGGAUCAAUACAUGAAUGAGGGAGACUGCCAAAUCUUAAUCCACCAUAUUGCCCGGGCUCUUCGAGAGGACCUGGUUGAACGUAUCCGACAGUCUCCCUUCCUCAGCAUCAUUCUGGAUGGGCAGAGUGAUGACUUGCUUGCCGACACGGUUGCGGUUUAUGUACAGUACACAAGCAGUGAUGGGCCUCCAGCAACUGAAUUUCUGUCUCUUCAGGAACUGGGCUUUUCUUCAACAGACAGUUACCUCCAAGCGUUAGACAGGGCUUUUUCCAGCCUGGGAAUACGAUUGCAGGAUGAGAAGCCAACUAUUGGCUUAGGAGUUGAUGGUGCUAACAUUACCGCCAGCUUGAGAGCUAAUUUGUUCAUGACAAUCAGAAAGACCUUGCCCUGGCUUCUGUGCCUGCCCUUUAUGGUGCACAGGCCCCACUUGGAAAUUUUAGAUGCAAUCAGUGGGAAGGAACUACCGUGCCUGGAGGAGCUAGAAAACAAUUUGAAGCAACUGCUCAGCUUCUAUCGUUACUCUCCCCGACUCAUGUGCGAGUUGAGGGUAACUGCUGCCACUCUGUGUGAGGAGACUGAGUUCUUGGGGGACAUUCGAGCAGUGAAGUGGAUCAUUGGGGAGCAGAAUGUGCUCAAUGCUCUAAUUAAGGAUUACCUUGAGGUUGUGGCCCAUCUCAAAGACAUCAGCGGCCAGACCCAAAGGGCGGACGCUUCCGCCAUUGCCUUGGCCCUCCUGCAGUUCCUGAUGGACUACCAGUCAAUUAAACUCAUCUACUUCCUGCUGGAUGUGAUUGCUGUGCUUUCACGCCUCGCCUACAUCUUCCAAGGGGAGUACCUUCUUGUGUCACAGGUGGAUGAUAAAAUAGAGGAGGCCAUCCAGGAGAUCAGCCGCCUAGCAGACUCGCCAGGGGAGUACUUGCAGGAAUUUGAGGAAAACUUCCGGGAAAGCUUUAAUGGCAUUGCUGUGAAAAACCUACGGGUGGCUGAAGCCAAAUUCCAGUCGAUCAGAGAAAAGAUCUGCCAGAAGACCCAGGUGAUCCUAGCCCAAAGGUUCGAUUCCCGUAGCCGGACAUUUGUGAAGGCCUGUCAGGUAUUUGACCUUGCAGCUUGGCCCAGAAGUGCUGAUGAGCUCAUGAGCUAUGGGAAGGAGGAUGUGGUACAAAUAUUUGAACACCUGGAGAUGGUCCCAUCAUUUUCCAGAGAGGUUUGCAGAGAGGGGAUGGACACCCGAGGGAGUCUGCUGAUGGAGUGGCGAGAACUCAAGGUGGAUUAUUAUACCAAAAAUGGUUUUAAAGACUUGCUCACUCACAUUUGUAAAUACAAACAGAGAUUCCCCCUCCUAAAUAAAAUAGUUCAGAUCCUCAAAGUCCUUCCCACCUCAUCGGCCUGCUGUGAGAAGGGGCGCACUGCUCUGCAGAGAGUGCGCAAAAACAACCGCUCUCGGCUCACGCUGGAGCAGCUCAGUGAUCUUUUGACGAUUGCUGUUAAUGGGCCGCCCAUUACCAACUUUGAUUGCAAAAGGGCACUAGAUAGUUGGUUUGAGGAGAAGUCAGGCAAUAGUUAUGCGCUGUCAGCUGAAAUGCUGAGCAGGAUGUCGUCUCUUGAUCAGAAGCCGAUGUUGCAGAGCAUGGACCAUGGCUCUGAGUUUUACCCCGAUAUUUAGGAAGGAAUGCCUCAGAUCAGAAAGCUGUUGAAUAAUUUUUUAAAUCUAUACUCUAAACUUUGAUAUAUUAUAUAAAUAUAUAUAUUAUAUAUAUUAAGGAGAAACCCACACUGAAAAUGUAAAUGUUAAGACGAUGUGCGUCUGAUAGAAGCUAAGCAGAAUUUUAAAGAUUUGAGACAAUGUUUAGACAUUUACUGGUGUCUCCAACCAUGGCAGCUGCAGUGUAGGUGGCAACAUUUCAUUCUUUAGAAGUAUGUGCUGGGGCCAUACUCUACAUGUUCAAACCUAAUGAUUGAUAAGCUAGACGACGGGUCUUUGUUAACCUCAUGCUCCUGGUGGUUUCCUUUGUAUGUGUGUUGUCGGUUUGUUGGGCUGUUUUCUGUGUUGUUUUGGUUUGGGAUUGGUUGUUUUUUUCUCCACAAUUUUAAUCUCUGCCUCUCUUUCCGUUAUUCAGUCCAGUUAUUGAGCCAUUUGAGCCUUUUGUUGACAACUGUCAGAUUUCUGAUUUCCAACAGAGCAUCCCGUGCAUUUAUGUUGCCCCCAGCUCUCCAGCUCCACCCAGUUCUCUUCGCUGGAGUGGGAGCUUUUUUCACUCAAAUGAUUACUGGCAGGAGGGGAAGGCUGGGAGCAUGAUUUUGGGUUUUUCUUCUUAUUUAGAAACAAAUGCCUCCACCAAACUGUGAAGCCCCUUUCUCAGUUCUCCCUACUUUUGGGCUGUAGAGUAAUACUUGGCUUUCAGCAUCUUUUAUGAUAACAGUAGUACCAGUCUAUCAUGCAUAUAUUAUAACAUGAUGUCAUGUGCAGACUAUAAAUAACAAAAUAGAGAAGGCAGGGGGAAAUUUUUGCAUUUAUAUUUUUAUAUUGUAGGAGAUAAAUAUAUAUAUACACACACACACACACACAACUAUUCAUUCAAAACCAGGGCUGCUGUGGAAGCUAGACAGCCAAUGAGUCAAAAGCCAUCUCUGGGCAGAAGAUUCAAAGGCUUAAAAAAUUUUAUUCUAAUUUACAUUAUUUAUACUAUGUCUUUAUAAUCCUAGAUUGUUGUGGGGUUUUUGUUUUGUUUUAUUUUGUUUUGUUUUGUUUGGAAUGACUGAAAGAAAAACCUGCUACGGUUUGGUGGCAGGAGCUAUCAAUGCAAGAUUAUCUUGGAUUAUAUUCAUGUGAUGACGUCCUACAAAGGUUCAUGUAUUCUCUUGUGACCAAGGUAAUAUGUUCCACAUCACAGCAGAGUGAUGACAGCAGGAAGAAGGGGUGCUCUGCUUCUUCUUGCAAAAUAUUUUUUCCUUUCUUGAAGGGAUGCUGAGUCCAGAUGAAUUGUGAAUGGGGGACUUGCAGCUUCCAUCACAAAGAGAUUUUUCUGUGGGCUUCGGAUUCUUCUUUGUUUUAUUCUUUUAAAGUAAAUGAGCUCCAGGCAUUCACACAAUAUCACUUCAGGUUAGAAAAGAAAAAAAAAAAGGAAAAAAACACAAACAAAAAAGGUGCAAAAAACUCCACAGAUGCUAGUGCCUUGCCCCACUGAUGUGGCAUGGACAGCACCAACCUGACCAGACCAUCGUGGGAGUGAGAACCUGUUGUCCAGAAGGUGUCCAAGCCAACAUGUUCUCCCUUCCCAGAGGGAUGAGCUUUGUGCCAAGCUGUGUUGUUUGGAAACAUGAUGGUGGUAUCAGCAAGACUGAACUUUUCCUUUCUCCUGUUACACCCCUGCCCUUGGUCUUGGUGCUAAGAUAUCUCUAGAACCGUUGCUGCUAGUUGAUAGCUUUUCAUUUAUAUAAAUAUAUAUAUAUAAUAUUAUUUUAUUUUUUAAACCUUUUUGUUUGUUUUCAAUGGAGAUGUAGCAUGUUUGGAACCAAUCUUUCUUGGAGUCACUUUCACUGCCAGGGUUCACGCACUGUCUUCCCCGGGAAAACACGGACUUCUACCCAGGUCUUGCUCACCUCCUGCUAACCCCUUUGCCCUGAGCCGAACUAUGCUGGGCAGAGGUGCGCAGCCAAGCCGCUACGUACUGGUUUAGCUUUCAGACCCCACAAGAACAGCUAGACCUGUGUAGGUCAGAGUUUUGGAAGUGUUUCCCCUCCAUCCCUAUGGGACUGAGGAGGGACUGAGCCUGCCCGAAGCACUAGCAGUGGCCAAUCCUUGCGUCCUUUGCUGUAAAAGGGGGCUCUUCGGCCAGACCGUCCAAGGGUAGUAGAGCAGACCCCACGAAUGUAAUGGCAAGAGCUGGGCAGACAGCAUACUCUUGUUGCACUUACUCCCUAUCCCCUCUGCCUUACCUCAGAUGGUGUGUGCAGCCUGUGGGCUGGCUCGGGGAAGAGAGGGCACCUGCGCCAGUGCCAGCCACCUGCUGCCAAACUGCUGGUGGGGAUGUAGGUGCCGAGCGCUUCUCCCUGCGGUACUCAUGGAAAUGUCACGAGCUAGGUCAAGGCAUCGUGCCAUCACAGCGCAGGGGUAUCAGUUGCAUAUGCAACACCUAGCGAGUAAAAAAAUUUUGUUUGCAUUUUUUCCUGUCUUUCCCAAGAAAUGAUGUGACUGAAUUGACCCAUUCAUCUAGAGGAGUUAAAAUUAAACUGAAAACCCUCCACCAGCUGUGCAGACUUUGGCAGUUGUUUGCCUGACCAUAAAAUAGAGAUCUCCCUACACAAGGUGCUUGUAGCCUUCCAGGCCUGGUGAGUCAGCUCUGCUCAGGGUGCUGCCACAAAGCUCACAGAGCUGCUCCCUGCCGGGGAGAUGACAGGCUCCUUCCUUAGUUAAAAUUUGAGAUGUAAAAAGGAAAAAAAAUUAAAAAGAUGAAAGAAUUGCUGCUCCAUUAGUCUCUGACCUGAAGACGGGCAAGAUGAAUGUAGAGAGGAGACAAAAAAGUGAAUUGAUGCACCAAAGGGGAAUGGGCAGGUGGGGGAGAGUCUUCCUUGUUGAGUAUGCACACAGCAGCAGAAGCAAAAGUAACAAAGAUAUUUGAUGCAAGGUGCUGUUGCUGUUGGAGAGGCUGUAAAGACAGUUUCCCUCCUCCCCUUUUCUUUUAUUUUCUCUUCCCUUUGCUCAACUCCGUAGCUCUUUGUGGGGGAAAAACAUCACCUGCCUCUCUGCAGCAGUGCGAGCUCCUUGGCAUGUGGCUUUCCAUGUCACAGAGGCCCAUCAAAGUGCCUGGUCUAUGUGGAGGGAAGGGACACUUGUGGACAGUCUCCAGGCACCUUUGCAGACAGAAGCACUCUCCCAGGGCUUGUGCUGAGCCAUUUGAGAGGCCUGUUUACAGCUCCUGCUCUGAGCCUCUUAUGCCACUGGGGAGAAAAGGGUGCCUUGCCUUGUCAGCGAGGUAAGAGCUGCCAGAGGCUUGUUCAGAAAUUAUUUCUCUAAUUCAUUUCUCCUUUCCUUUGGUUCGUUUGCAAAUCCCACUCUCAUCAGUGACAUCUUUCACUAGCUACUCGUAUUCCUAAUGGCAGAGCGAAACAUGCAGCAACUGCCAGGUAGCCAGCUGGCUAAGGGAAAGCACUUGUUUCUUUUGCAGAUAACUUUGUGUGCACGGAUGAGUGGUGUCGGUAGGAAGCAUGAUUCCCUGCCACAGGAUGUUGUGGGUACCCAUGAUGGGAAAGGUCAGAGACCCCUUGCAUUGGUGAUGGGGAGAAACAAGCACUUGGCAGAGCAGUCAGCCUGGCCCAGCCCAGCUCCCCCAGCACAAACAAUUCCCCAUUGUCCCCAUGUCAGAAAAUAAACCUGGCCUUUGUCCUAGACAAAUGCAGAUGCUUUGUAAGCUUUCCCUCUGGAUUUACCCACCUAUUACAGAUCUGUAGCUGUUACUCCCAUGGAUAGUCUACGGAUGGAAACGUGACUGCCAGCAUGAGCAAGGAGGGAGAAAUACCAAUGCAAAGUGUCCCAGGCUGCCCUGUGCCCCGCCUGCCCAUCCUUUCCCCUGAGCAAGUGCAUUUCUGUGCCCUGUUUGCAAACCUCAGGGCCUUGCUGAGGGGCAGCAGCAGGCAUGGGGAGGGCUCAGCAUGGCUCAGAGAGAGGCCUCCUUGGCUCAGACAUCGCCAUGCGUCGGGUUUAAUUGAUGCCUUUCCUGCUGUGCUGAGUGAGCAAGAGGAACUUGAUCGCAGCAAGCAUUGCUCGCAGCAUCUUGAACUGCUUCGGCUGCAAAGGGACCUCAUUCUUCUCAAAUGAGCUCUUUAUUCUCUCCUUCCUCCCAGUGUCUUAACUAUGGCAUCUUGACUGUGAAUAAUGCACACUUCUCCAGACUCUCGGGUUUGUAUUUCUAGCCCAUGGGCUUUUUGGUUGCCAAUUUCCCUUCCCCACAUUUGGUCAGGCUCCUUGCCUCUUUUACCCUGCUGUGAAGCAUGAAUCUGUGAAGCACAUGCAGACAUGUCCUUCUGCAGAGCUCGCCAGUGGCCACAGGGGUCCAGGCCCUCUGGCCACGAGACCGAACUUAGCAGGGAUAAUCCUCACAAGAGACCAAAGCUCUUCCCAUACCAGCAAAAGCACACAGGAGCCACAGAGGGUUGUGAGGGGACACGGUGGGCAGGGUCCCAGUGUGUCAUCUGCCUCGGGUCUCGAGCUGACCAUGGCGAUGUCCCCUGUGCUGGUCGCGCUUUUGCUAUAGGACUCCUCAGACGUAAUUCAGGCUUGGUCCAUCUCUCUCUCACAGCACAAACUCAACCAGGUGGCCCGCAGGGUCUUCAGGGUCCCCUUUCUUUCUUGUCUCAUGAGGAUUGCUGUUUAUUUGACUAGUGGGUAACACAACCUAGACAGCCAUCUUGGAAAUAAGCAGCAACAGCCUCUGCUUUUGCAGAUUCCCCUCUCAACCCUGUCGAAAGAGGUCUUAAAAGCAGAGAAAUGGUACGUUGCUCCCCCAGCCAUUGUAUUCAAUGCAGUAAUGCCUAUGCAAUUCCUGUCUCCCUUGGAGACUCAUGAUGUGUGUGCAUGUAAGCUAGUGUAUGUAUACAGUACAUAUGCAUAUUGUCUAUAUAUUGUAUAUACGCACAUCCCAGUACAUAUACACACAGUACAAAAGAUUAAUGUGCUUAUAUAUCUAUAAAUAAAAUCCUAUAUAUUUAUAUAUUUCUAUGUUUUCGAUAGAUAUAAAGAUAUAAUACAGAGAUAGACUCAACCACCCUUGUGUAAGGCUGGCCCUGUGUUCUGUCACAAGGCAUGUAACACUGAAGACUUUGGACUUUGGGAUAGCUUUAGCUAUACACUGGGGCCUACAUUUAUGUGUAUAGCACUCUAUGGAGAGGGACUUUGCUGUGGUUAGGGCAAGGGAUUUCCUUGCUGGCAUGUUAACCAAGUGCUAAAUAAGGUUCGUGUAAUAGGGGAAUGUCGUGGUGGUAAAAAUGCUUGAGUGUCCUUGUCUUCUCCUGAGUAAGCCUCUGGCUGAGGUCCUGUGUGUUCACACUUGGACAGAUACAUAUCCCACCCUCAUAUGCACUUUUCUCUCUCUGCAUGGAUGCAGUUGGCAGCUGUGGGUACCGAUGCCAUGAAAAUGUGGCUUUCUGCUGUUCCACCCGGUAUUCCUCAGCAUUUGCCAGUAUGCUGCCAGGGAGAUGCUGUUCCUCAGCAGUUGCCAGCACACUGCCAUGGAGACACUGCGCCGACAGCUGUUCACACAGCACCCACUGAGAGUGUGGGUUCACUCGAGGGCGUCGGUCAGUGACACAGCCAAGGCGCUGGCAUAAAGGCAGCAGGAGGGCAAAGGCGUUACUGAGUGGAGGGAGGGUCGCUGCUGCACAGUUGGAGGUGGCAAGGAUGGUGUAGGAAGCUGGAGCAGCAUGAAUGAGAAGGGACCACAAAUUUGGAGCCAUAAGGAUGGGAAUGUGGGAACGCGCAAGACCAACUGGGGAGGCACGUGCAGCUCUGUCUGGUCAGGCUGGCCACUGCUCUGCUGCAGGAGCUGCUCGGCUCCCUCAGGUCUUGCAGCUGCUCCUUGGCUGGCGAACAUCCUGCCUGGUCGGGGGCACAGGUGGUUUUUCUGAAGGAAAGGGAAUAGUGUGAUUGUGUGGAAGACAUGGUCAGUGGCGCACGUGUGCCUUUGGGCCCCAAGACAUAGCCAGACUGAAGCGUUGCAACGCUUUUGCCCUGCUGAUGCAAAGACAUGACAGGCAUUUCCAUGCCAGGACUGGGGGUGGAUACAGGCAAUGGAUCAGCCUUCCCUAAAUGUCUGCCAGUGCCUGCAGGAUGAACAGCUGUCUCAUCCCUCCAUCCCUCCCUUCGCACAGCCACUUGUAGGACACUGGCCCUGCUGCGGGGUGAAGUGCUUGGCUGGCACCUGGGGGGACUCAAGAGGCACCUCUGACUGGGCUGGCAGCGGGUGGUAAGUCACCAUGCUGCUUCCCCAUGAAGGUUGAAGGGGAGGCAUGAUGGUCUGGCUUUGCAGCUCCACGCUGGGCCUGGCAACCACUGCAGUCCUUGUUGUUUGUUUUAAUUGUUGGUUUCGGUUGGGAGGAGGUUGAGUUGUGAUUCUGAGGGCCAAAUGACUCAUUACACUGGUAUUGCAUGAGCAGAUGCUGUGCAAGCUCCCCCCAAGCCCUGUCACACACCUCAGCACCCUCUCACAGGUGCCUCUCCUCCACACAACUGGUUAUCCACCUCAGCCACAACCCACCUGCCAGUGGCUCCCCACUCCACUGCAGCCCCUCGGCCACACAGCACUGGCGGGGAGCUUCCUGGCGUGUGUUCUUCAUGAACCUCAGAGACUCUUUCUUCACUCCCAGCCCCCUCCUUUGGUUGCCACUAACACUCACGUAGGCUUAGCCUGUGGCCUUGCUGCUCAUGCCAGCAGUACUGCUGCCCGGUGAGGAGCUCGCAUGCACUGCACCUCAUGUUGAAUAAGCUCGCUGGGCUAUGUGGGGGAACCAUGUCUCAUAUGCUGUGAUGUCCCAAAUUCUAUAGGAGGCCUAUGGAGUUUUCUGCCAGUUAUGGCAUCCUCACCCAACUGUUGGCAAAAAUGCAUUUUUACUUCCAGAAAACAGGAGGUUUUGUCUCACACCAUAUCCACAUCCAAGCACAGCCCUGCUGAACUGUUUCAAGCGAUCUCUUAUGCACCUACCCACCCACCAUACACACACGCGCACGCGAAACGAGAGAAAAAUAUCUAGACAUCUAUUACUACAUAUGUAUUAAUAUGUUAAUAUCACUCUUUUGGAGAACAUUAAAAUAUUAUUACUUUACAGACUAUGCUUUAUAGUACCUGUGUGAAAGGACCUAGGACACUGGAUACGAAUAGAGCUAUGUUGAUAUAUCAUAGUAUGUACACGAGAACCUUCCUUUUGUCAUAUCCUUGUAAUGUAAAAUGAUUGUUAAUAAAAACAUUUAAAUUUA